AUGGGUGGUUCAUCUGCUUGUUUUCGAUCUCAACUUCCACCAUUGUUAACAACCGAAGAAAUAAAUAGUUUAUCAUUAAAAACAAAUUUAACUCCUGAAGAUAUUCGACAAUAUUAUUUACGUUUUGUUCAUUGUUAUCCACAUGGAUAUUUAUCACGUCGAAAAUUUGUGAAUUAUUAUCAACAAUUAUGUGAUGAACAUAGUUUACAAUUGAGACCAUUAAUAAAUGAAUUAUUUGAUCUAUUUGAUUUAAAUAAAGAUAAAAAAUUAGAUUUUUCUGAAUUUAUUUUAUUUAAUAUUCUAACUAAUGAUGGAUCAAUUAAUGAUAAAGUUAAGUUCAUAUUUAAUUUAUACAAUAAUAAUUAUAAAGAAAAAUUUUUCUUAAGAAAUCAAUUAAAAGAAUUCUUAAGAAAUCUUUUUGAUCUUUUUGAUAUUCCAUCAUCCAAAUUACAUAUAACUGAAGUUAUUGAUAUUAUUUUUCAAAGAAAGAAUAUUAGUAAAAAUGAGAAAAUUAAUUGGAAUCAAUUUACUGAUGAAAUUCUUAAUGAUGAAAUUUUAUUUCAACAAUUGAUUUCAUUUGAUUUUAAUCAAGAUUAUGAAGAUCAACAACUUAUUCAGAGAUCAGAAAGAUUUUAA